UGCUAAGCAGUCAUCUCUAACGGUUAUCGCGAACCACAAAUCCGUGUUUGGGAAAUGUAAAAAAAAUGUCCAAUAAUUAGCAAGUGAAGCAAAUUUAUCCUGAUUUCCGACCUGCCAUGCUUAAAAACGAUCAGCGCCAGUGUCCUUGUUGAAUAUUACCUGACGAUAGAUCCCGUUCAGUGUCCUAGAACAGCAGCAAAAUAAAACGCAAUUGUUUUGCGAUGGCGACGAGUGCUAGCGAAAAGGCGAGCGAGUGCUGAGAGAGAAAAAAAUCGGUUGCACAAAUAAACCCCAAAAGAAUUCCUGAAAUAAACAAAUAACCGACACCAGUACCAGUCUCUCCCCUAAAAUAAAAAAAAAGCAGCAGGCUGUGGCACACAGAUGAGAGAUGCGAAUAGUGCGAAUGUUGACAGCACAAAGAAGCAACAGCAGCAGCAGCAAGAGCAACAGCAGUGGAACCAUCAAAGAGCAACAGCAAUAACAUCAGUGUAAAAGGAACGAAGUUCAACCAAGAACCACAACCUGCAGGCAGCAACAGCAGCAGCAUGACCUCAAGAAAGGGCUGCCAUGUUCUGGCCCUGUUGGGUCUGUGUCUGGUCUGCCAUGAGGCGGCUGUGGUCAGUGGACAUGUGCUUGUCUAUAGACGCAUCUCAAAUCAGUUGAUUGAGGAAUUCAAUGAUUUGCCAGCACAAUUUGGUCCUCUACUGCCGCCAAAUGGUCUCAAGGUGUAUGUGGUGCCUGCCAUGCCCCAUUCCUAUGGUUGUGAUACGCUGAGUAGGCCACCGCAUUUGAUUUAUCCAUCAGCGGCCAAAUUUGUGGCACUGAUAUCACGCGGCGGUGAUUGCACCUUUGAGCGGAAGGUGCGUAUGGCACAGAAUGCAAGCUACUCUGCUGUGAUUGUCUACAAUAAUGAAGGCGAUGAUUUGGAGCAAAUGUCCGCCGAUAAUAGGUCGGGCAUAAACAUACCCUCCGUCUUCGUUGGCCAUACAGCGGGCAAGGCUCUGGCCACAUAUUUCACGCCCGAGGUGGUGCUAAUCAUCAACGAUGAGCUGCCCUUCAAUAUCAACACUCAAUUGAUAUUGCCCUUCUCCAUAUUAAUUGGCCUGUGCUUUCUCAUCAUGGUUAUUUAUAUGAUAUACAAAUGCAUACGCGAACAGCGUCGCCUGCGUCGCCAUCGACUGCCCAAGAGCCUGCUGAAGAAGUUGCCUGUGCUGCGCUACAAAAAGAACAAUACGAACAAUAAAUAUGAUACCUGUGUGAUCUGUCUGGAUGAAUUCGUUGAGGAUGACAAGCUGCGUGUGCUGCCAUGCUCCCAUCCCUAUCACACACACUGCAUUGAUCCAUGGCUUACCGAAAAUCGUCGCGUUUGUCCCAUUUGCAAGCGGAAGGUUUUUACGAAAGACUUGCAUCGGACUCGACAGCCUUCAUUGGAUAGUGUCACGGACACGGAUGAUGAUACAACGCCGCUGCUGCAACAGCAGCCAAGUGGUGGCAGGCAGGGUGGUCAGGGGUCCACCUCAUCCGCUGCCAGCGCAGCAGCGGCUGGUAGUAGCUCCAGUGUGGCAACAGCUGCUGCUGCAAGCACCACACGACAUGGCACCUUUCGACGUGCUGAUGCUGGUCGGAAUCCAUUUGAAGCGCAGGAGACUCAAAGCUCGGAUGAUGAAAAUGCCCUGCUGGACUCUGCCUCACAUCCGGCCAGCUCAUCGUCGGCCACUCAUGAGCGCAUGAAUCCCUUUGAUCGUGCACCAAAUUUGCCCCCACAUCUCGCUCGCCAGUUGAACGAUUUGAACGAUCCCUCGAUUUGGUCCAAGUUUGGCUUCCUGUUUCGUCGUCCGAGGACUACAAUUAGUGUGGCAGCACCGGCAUAUCUGGAGCACGUUGAGUCUGGUACUAGUGCCAUUAUGGGGCUGCCCGCGACAACUGCAGCGACAACGACGGGGACAAUUGCCGUUGCGACGCCCGCAUCGAAUAACAUCCUUAAUCCGAAUUUAAGCGGCUCCUUCAAGGAUGAUGACGAUAUGCCACCGCAUCGCUCCAUUUACGAACCCAUAGCAAUCAAUACGCCAGCGGCCAACGAUUCGGCGUUCCUGCAGACGCCCACGCAGGGCGGAAUAGGCGUGGCCGCCAUACCACAUGGUGCAGACGAUCAGUAUCUCAUAUGAGCGCAAGGAGUGGGAGUUCCCUUACACUUAGUCGUUGUCGAUCCCCAAAGAAUAACCUUUUUGUUUUGAAUCAAGAAUUAUUUUCGUUUGGGUUCGCUUUCAAGAGAUAGGAAGAGAGAGAGCUGUGUGGCUGCCAGCUGCUUUGUUUUAAACAAUUAACGAAUGUUUAUUAUUAAAUAUUAAUAAAUAUGUAGGCCCUCCCCCCACUCCCUCCCCUCAGAUCUUGUGUUGGCCUGUGAGUCCGUCACGCCCACAAAAUACAUAGACACAACACACAUACACACUUACAUAUAUAUAUAUGCGUAUAAAAAUUGUGAUUUAUUUUAUAUACAUUUUACAAACGUAAAUCCCACGAUUGGCACACACCACAGAACCCGCCUACAAAAUUUACCAAAAACAAAAAACGCAAAAGAUAACACAAUUAAGAUUCAAAAAUUGUUUUUUUUUUAUUUUAAAUUUUGAUUUUGUAUUAAUCAGUGUUGAUGUUUUUUAGUCAAACCAAUCAGCUCCCCACACAAAAACACGCAUGUGCAACAGAAUGAUUCAUGGAAUUAGUUUAUAUUUUCAAUUUGAAAACAAACACACACAAAAAAGAAAUUAAAGCUAAAAACAAUUUUAUUAAUGAUUGAUGUGGCAUUAUAUGGGCCUGUACAUUGUAUAUUAUUCUCGAUUUAACUAAUUUUAAGUUUACUAUAAAAACAAAACCAACAAUAUUUAAACUAAAACACCUCCAAAAUGUUGCAAUUGAUUUUCCAGUUAGAAGAGGAGUGAAACACACCCACAAUAAAAUAUAGGGAAUGUACGUUGUUUCUUCUUUUUAUAAAAAAUAUGAUCAAAUUAUAUUUCAAGUUGCCACAAAAUCCACUGAAAGUAGAACAAAAAUCUAUUUUGUGAUUAUUUUAACCCAAAAAUACCUAUAAAAUGCAGAGGAAGACAAAAAUCGAAAUUCAAUUAGGGCAUAGAUGCAUCCGAAAAUAAAACAAAACAAUAUAUAAAGUAUAUUUAGAAAUGCUGUGGCAGUGUAAUUUAAAUUUAAUUUACAUUCAAAGAAAAACAAAAAUAAACGUAAUGGAUAUAAAACAUA